ACCAUAAAAAAAUGGCAGGGUUUAGGUUGAUACAAAAUUAUUUAUCUUCGGAUUCUGAUGAUGACUGUGAUAAUGAAGUAUUUGACAGUAAACCUGUAGCAGAUAAUCAAUCAAAUAAUAACAAAAAUUUACCUUUGCCAAAUAAUUUAUUAUCUUGGGCAGAUAAUAAAAUUGAACAGUCAAUUAUUGAAGAUAAUCCUGAGAAGCAUGAUGGUCGUGUAAGAAAUUUUAAACACGAACGUGGUAAUUGGGCAACACUUGUUUACAUUGAAUACGAAUUAUGGGAUUUGCUGCAAACAUGGAUGCAGUCAUCAACUGAGGCCUUUACUGAUGGUAAUUUGAUAAUUGAAAAUAGUCAUAUUAGUUUGACACGUACUUUAAUAUUCAAAUUUCACUGGAUUGACUCUUUUGUGGCUAGUAUGAAGAAAAUAUGCUCAUCAGUCGACCCAUUUAUACUUGAGUUAAAUAACGUUAGAGUUUACUGCAAUGAGCAGCGAACACGAACGUUCCUGGGGAUCGAGUGUCACUGUUUGGAGCCAAGCUUCACUUACUUGAUGGAGUCAUUGAAUAAAUUAUUAGCAGAGUAUCAGCUGGAAUCCUUUUACGAGGAAGCCUCAUAUCACAUAAGCUUUUUUUGGAUGCUUGGUGAUCGGGAAAAGGAAUUAAAAUCUUAUGUUGAGGAAUUAAAUAAUAGUUUAAAUCAAGUCCUUAUUAAAGAUUUAGAUAAAAACUAUAUUAAAGUAUCAAAAUUACACUGCAAAAUUGGUAAUAAAAUAUACAUAUUUACAUUAAAGUCAUAAUCACGUUGAAAAUUAAUUUAUUUA